AUGACGCCCGCAAGUCUUGGUGGAGAUAACCGGCUCUUGCUACCCAAGCUCGACCCAUCUGAGCUUCGAAGCUAUCGAUACUAUGUUGAGGUUGUGGGUCCCUCGCUGUCGGGCUUCUUCGAUGCAGACUUCUGGCUGGUCGAGGCACUGAGGGUCUGCCACUCGGACGCUUCCAUCUGGCAUGCAAUAGUCAGUCUCGGCGCAACCUACGAGUGCCAGCGAGAUCCUCAGCGCCUUUCCAGCCUAUCUCGCUUCGCCCUGCAACAGUUCAACUUAGCUAUCCGCUGUCUGAUGGAGCCGAAUUCACCUCGGCAUGCAGACAGGGGUAGGGCAUUGACUGUGAGCACCAUCUUUGCAGGCAUCUCGAGCAUACAAGGGCAGCACAAACAAGCAGCUAUGCAUGUCGAGGGAGGCUGCAAGAUUUUGGAGGAACUGGAAGGCGACGAAAUGAAGCCUGUUACGAAAAGCAAUCAGAAUCUGAAGAAGACAUUGACAGAGCUGGAGUCCCUACCCAUUGCCAUUGCACCCAUGCGGAAUAUCCUCAUGAAGAUCGACUUGAUGCACAAGGCUCUGCAGCAUGGUGGAGUUGCCGGCGCUAUGCCAACCUCGCAAGUGAUGAGAAACAACAUUUUCCGUGUUUGGCAGUCGUACGAAGCUCCGAGCCCCUCGAAAGGGGUACAUUCAACCCUCACACCAGAAGAUAUCAUAAUGGCCAGCCGCGCUGGCGAGUCACUGAUGAACGGAUUGGUAUACGGCAUGCAACAGCAGGUUGAAUCCCUGGCCCAGCUGAUGCUCGGAAAGGGGGACAGGAGUAACGAAGUCCACCGCAUCAACGUCAGUCAACGGCCUCAUACUCGGGUAUACAAGGAGCUGAAGAAAGCACUGGCGGUGUUCGAGCACGAGCUGAGCAAAGAGUACUGUGGCUCAACGCGAGCAUCGAGGACGGCCUUGCGCAAUGGCACAACACCACUGAAGAUGUUUCUGGCUGUAUGUCGUAUGAUAUUCUUGGCUGAUCCCGAGGAGGCCGACCCAGUCAAGCGAGCCAAGAACUAUCCCAGCCUAUGUCACGAGAUCAUCGCCGCUGCCGAGAAGGUAUGGUCAAUAGACGACACCUACAUCGACACUGGUGGCCGGAGCAUUCCAUUGACCCCAAAGUCCACGAUUCUCGAUGCUCUGUUCAUGGUCGCCCUCGGGGGUUCUUCAAUCCGCGUGCGUCGCCUGGCUGCAGCUCGGAUGCGGUCCAUGCACACCAAGCCGGAAGGGCUUUUCCACACGGUCAUGGCAGCGAAUCUCGCGGACUUGGUCACGAGCCGAGAGAUCGCAGCCUAUCAGACAUGGCUUGGGGAGCAAAGGCUCAAGCAGUCAGAAGCAGGUCAGGAUGGGUCUGGUGCUGGUGAUCAAGCGCCUCCCGCCAUUGAGGAGAUUGACGAGGAGUCUUCUGUUCCGCUGCAACAUCGUCUGCGCAACAUGUCUAUGAAUUUUCCCGGGACAAAAAAGGCGCGUGUAAGACUACAGACAUGGGGAGAAUAUGCUGCUGGCGAACCCGGGGUAUUCCUCAUGCUGGAAUGGUGA